UUUCAGCGCGGUGUUUUCGUGAUGAAGUUUGAAAAUUUGGUUUAGCGCGGUGUUUUGCUGACGAAAGGGACAAUGUCGCGUUCUGCAGUUUUUCUUAGUAUGAGCCUCUUCCAUCGGGUCGUGGAAGACGAACCAAGAAUCAUCCGGGCUCGCUGAGAAUGUGCUACAAGGUUGCGUAGCACGAAGUGAGAGGACCAAAGAGAGGUUAUGGGUCGCCCUGCUCCUGUCAAGAGAUGAUCAACCUGCCAUCGUUUCCAUCACUGUCGUCCAUUGCACUCCCAAUGAUGCGGAAUACCAACAGGUGACCGGCACAGAGGCGACUUGGGUCACCUGGGGUCAGUGUGUUGCAGGUCCGCCAUGUACGAGAGCUCGUGCUCGUACCAGUCCGCCCUGGAGCGGCUGGCGUGUCCGUCCAUGAUCAAGAGCGAGGACUGCUCCGGGGCGGGCGUGGGCGUCGGGGUGGCGGGCGUGGCCGCGGCCGUGGCCCCGGGGGCCGACUGGUACCGGCUGGCGUGCAACACCUCGACGUUCGAGCAGCUCAAGCAGUCCGUGGAGAAGGCCAAGGCGGCGCUGCAGGACCGGGCGGCGCAGGGCGGCUACCUGUCGCCCGCCAGCUUCACCGAGCACCUCGCCGAGCACCUCGCCCCGUCGUCCACCCCCCAGGGCGCGGCGCACGCCCCCAACGCCCACGCCCCCGUCAGCCAGCAGACGCUGCACGCCCCCGCCGCCCCGCAGACCUCCGUGGCCCAGGCACCCUCCAGCCAGGACCACAAGCGCUCCACGCACGUCACGAGCAGCAAGAGUUACCACUCGUCGGACAGCCUCAGCACCCGAGUGAAGAGCGACACAUCUUACAAGGGAUCGUGGGGAGGACAUGCCGCUAGCCAGACGCCAGGAUACACGUCGAACGCCCUUUCAACGAUGUCCAAGUCAUCCCUCGACCCCCACAGUCACCUUAGGCAACCAGAUCCCUAUCAGAUGUUCGGCCCCACAAGUAGUCGGCUAGCUAGUUCAGGUUCGGGCCAGAUCCAGCUGUGGCAGUUCCUCCUCGAGCUGCUGUCGGACUGCAACAACGCGGGCUGCAUCACGUGGGAGGGCACGCAGGGCGAGUUCAAGCUCACGGACCCGGACGAGGUGGCGCGGCGGUGGGGCGAGCGCAAGAGCAAGCCCAACAUGAACUACGACAAGCUCAGCAGAGCGCUCAGGUACUACUACGACAAGAACAUCAUGACCAAAGUGCACGGCAAGCGGUACGCGUACAAGUUCGACUUCCAGGGCCUGGCCGCGGCCACGCAGCCCGCGGCGGCCGACCCCGCCGCCUACAAGUACCAGUCGGACCUGUUCUACCACCACUCGGCCAAGCUCAACUUCAUGUCCCCGCACGCGGGCAUGCCCUCCUCGUCCGCGUCCAUCUUCCCGUCGCCGUCCUCGUACUGGAGCAACCCCAGCGCCAACCUGUACUCCAACAUCGCGAGCAGCCACGGCAUGGCCCACGCGCCGCACCACGUCACCGGCCACCUGCCCAGCUACCCGCACUACGCGUGACACGCGCUGGCGUGACCCGACGUGACGGGCGGCGUGACGGCGUGGGACGUGCGUCACGACACGCGGGCCGACCUGUGCGACAUGUGACUGAGCCGUGACGACGACGACGUUCCCGUGACGCGACGGUGACGUGUCCGUGACGUGACGAGUCACCCCACCGUGUGUGUUUUGCAAGAAAUUGAAACGGAACGCAGUGCGCGUCGUGAUGGACCGGUAGUCUCUGGCCGGCGACUCCACAGACACACGCGGCUGCUGCAAGUGCUUCUUUGUGUUCUGUGAAGAAAGAAGCAACUUUGCGUCGGACAGUGACGGUGAAGUGAAAGGACGCUUUUGGAACUUGGUGUCGAUUAGUGAUAUUCAGAAAGAGAGGCGUGCGGCGUUGGACCGGCGGCGGGCGAGCCUAAGGGCGAGCCGCACGGGGGCACCGGUCUUCCUUGUGAUUCUUUACCGUAAUACUAAAUAAGGUAUUGUUUAUGAUAAGUUUAGAUGUUGACUCGCGCGGGAUUUAACUACUUUCAUCCUGUUUUAUCGUGUUUUUAUUUUUGUUUCAUUAUUUGUGUUUUUAUUUUAUUUUUUGACUUUUUUUGUUACUACUUGUACGAAAUGUUUGUGCUGUUUCGUCGCAAAUAAGCGACAUUUAAUUGUAAACAAUGCGCAAGGUGAUUUGUUUAUGCCAAUCGAUAUUUUUGGGAACACGAUAGAACUGUUGUGGAGUAUGAACUAUGAACUUCUUUCUAGUCACUGUCUCUGAUUACGAAGCAGUGCAAAGCAGGUUCUUCCAGGUGGUGUGUUCUCGGCCACUGACUGCAAACCGGCUGGGCCAGAAAAGAUACUGCUGCGAAUCAGGACUUUGCACUGUUUCAUAUAUUCAGAGGGAAAGGAAAUGAUUGUGUUUUGUGAUGAAUUUUAGAAAGCCUUAGGGCUCUACUAGAUCUCGAAAUAGCUUUGCUAGUCAUUAAUGUUGGUAUUAUGUUGUGUUUUGUUGGUUAUAAUUUCAUCAUUUAGCUUUAUGCCCAGAUCAGACCAAUUGGUUGCACAAAAAAAAGUAAUAGUUUUGAGUCGACCUGUUAGUUUGAUGUUGCUGCGCAAUUCGCAAUUAGGAGAAUUGUACAACCCCCGCUACGAAAACAGUAUUCAGUAACAGAGUGGUCCCCCAUUUUAACAAUGAGUGUUUCGUCCCUCUUUCUCUUCCAUCGAUAUUGCCGUUUAAACAUUUAGUUGAAUUUAAUGUCCUUAAAAUAAACUAAAAAACCGGAAAGCCAUGCUUACUUAGUUUAUUUCAAAGACAUGCCUUUCAGCUGGUUUUCAUUAUUACUAACAAAAUAACGAUGUUUUCGUUACAAAUAUUCGGGUAGACUGUACUCUAGCUGGUGCUCGUCUUUAUGAAAUCUGUACCUAAGGAGUGAGUCAAAUGGAAAAUUAAAGGGGAUCACAAAAUGCGCGUACUGCUUGAACCCUGUCGUUAUUGUCUUUGAUGUUGAUAUAUUAGCAAGAAAAAGUUAAACUGCCGAAUUUUAUCAUUUAUGAACUAUAUUUAUUUGCCUGUAAUUUUAAUUGACGAAUGUUUUAUGUUCUAGUCUGGUAUACUUGAUGGUGAAGCUGUUGCUGUGUAAAUACCUAUUUAUUACCUUGUUGUAUACUGAAAUGUACAGAUUAUAACAAGUAUGAACACUAUCUUAGUAUUUAGUUAAUAAAAUUACUUAAAAGCCGAA